UGCAGGAUUUCCUGUGCUGCUGUCAUUUGAGAGCGGCAGCACGGCUCCGGCUGCGUGAAAGCUGAACUUCGCGAGCUAAAUGAGGGGGGGGAGAAGUGAGGACUACGCGCACAUUAACUGAAGAAGCGCUGGUUUCUCUGAGAGCUUGUAUUUAUGUGUGAGUUUACUUGCUGACGUGCGUUGAACAGGUAAACAAGUAAAUGACGUCUUCACCCGAGAUUUGUUGACACAGCGCGUAGAACGGCGACGUUGCCGUGACGAAACGUUGAUAGAACGUGACGUGUGCAGUUGGAAUGUUUGAACGUUUCGGUGUUUUUGCUCUGUCGGUGACGCCAACGGCUGAGCGUUUAAAAGAGAACGUGAAGGGCACCUGAGUUUAACUCGACUUGUUCAUGGCAAGCCAAGCCUGGCUGGAGUCUUCUCUGCGGCGCUCUGCCAGUCUGGGCCUGGAGGUGCUGGAGCGGGCCUCCAGACGGAGCGUAGACUGGACCAGCACUGGAGCAUCCCAGACCCCGACUACUACAGAUGAAGACACACAAAUCCCUGUGAAGAGAAUACACACAGAGCUUGAUGACGUCUUUGCAACCGUUGCAGAGUUCAUGGCACAGACGACCUAUCAGUGCAAGAGGUUUUAUGAGUCUGGCUGUUGCACUGAGCCCACUGACACUGAGAGGAACCAUGUGUGCAGGUUCCACAGACGGCCAGCUGUUGGGACGACAGCACCUGCACCGUCAACCAGAAAACAUUCUCAUUCUCCUCAGGGUCGUGUGUCGGCAGCAGGUGAAGAUUUCUACAUCGAGGUUUCACCCGGGACGUACGCCAUCACUGCCAGCAUGCCGGAGUCCCAGCAGCAGACUCAGCUGGUCAGCGUCAAAGCUGGAGAGAGUAUCGACCUCACCUUUGAUCUCUGACACCUCACCUGACCAAACCAGUCACCCUUAACCUUCAAUAACAAAACUGACCAAUGCUAAUGCUGUUUAUGUGUGUUUAUUGUAUGUUUUUACACUGAUUUCUGCAAGUUUACAUUUUAUUUUGCUGUCAAAAUGUUUUAUUUGCUGCAUAUUGAGAAGCCAUAUUUUUAUUGCGUUUUACUUGAGUAUUUUAUUAUGUAGAUUGUGUCCAAAUUUUGCCCUAGAACAUCAUAUAAUGCACAGUAUUUUUACCUGCACUAAUGCCGCAUCAGUGUGUUUAAAAUAAAGUAUUUUUUUUAUCAA